AUGUCUCCGUCUGUGAAGACAUUUAAAUAUCGUCUGGACAGACAUCUAAUGCCCCAGCAAGCGGAGUAUGUGACUUUUUAACCAGAAAAUAACAAAUGCCCCAUGUAAAUCGAUGGUUGCAUUCACUUCUUGCUUUUAUCUUUUCAUAUUGUUGAAACUUUAAGGAUUUUCAUGUACAUGUAAGGUGUCCAAAGGCGUAAGCCUAUUCUUCCUCAAAUACACUGACAGACACGUGGACCGUAAAAAAUGGAGGAACUUCGUCGCCACGAUCGUGGAUGUCUACGGUCCCACAGCAAAAGACACCGCUCUUCUUCUCAGCGCCGACGAAACCAUCCUACUUACCGAGAAGACGCAAAGUCUGCAGCGGUGGACCGAACACCUCGGAGGCGUCCUCAACCGUCCUUCCGCUGUCUCCGACGCCGUCAUCCCCCGUCUACCACAAAUUGAGAUCAACGUCGACUUCGCGCUCUUUAUACACGAAACCAUCAAGUCCAUGCAACAGCUCUCCAGCGAUGAGGCGGCCGUAGCGUACGCGAUCCUCGCUGAGAUCUACAUGCACGAUGGCCCCCGACUCGUGGAUCAUCUAACGAAGUCCUUCCAAGCGCCAAAGAGAAGUCCCGCAGGAUUUCAGGGACGCCACAAUCGUCCACCUCUACAAGCAGAAAGGAAACCCCCUAAUCUGCGAUAA